CAGAUUAACGCAAACCCGGAAGCGGAUCGGGUGGAGUGUAGGUCAUAUCGCCGCGGAUUGAUUUCUAAAGACUCAUGUUACGUGAGGAAGCAGCUCAGAAGAGGAAAGGAAAGGAGCCAGGCAUGGCUCUUCCUCAGGGACGCUUGACUUUCCGGGAUGUGGCUAUAGAAUUCUCAUUGGCAGAGUGGAAAUUCCUGAACCCUGCGCAGAGGGCUUUGUACAGGGAAGUGAUGUUGGAGAACUACAGGAACCUGGAGGCUGUGGGUAGAGUCUCACUUUGUCACCCAGGCUGGAGUGCAGUGGUGUGAUCCUGGCUCACUGCAACCUCUACCUCCCAGGUUUAAGUGAUUCUUGUGCUUCAGCCUCCUGAAUAGCUGUGACUACAGGCAUGGGCCACCACACCUGGCUAAUUUUUAUAUCUCUUCCAAACACAUGAUGAAGGAGGUCUUGUCAACAGGGCAAGGCAAUACAGAAGUGAUCCACACAGGGACAUUGCAAAGACAUCAAAGUUAUCACAUUGGAGAUUUUUGCUUCCAGGAAAUUGAGAAAGAAAUUCAUGACAUUGAGUUUCAGUGUCAAGAAGAUGAAAGAAAUGGCCUUGAAGCACCCAUGACAAAAAUAAAAAAGUUGACUGGUAGCACAGACCAACAUGAUCACAGGCAUGCUGGAAACAAGCCUAUUAAAGAUCAGCUUGGAUCAAGCUUUUAUUCACAUCUGCCUCAACUCCACAUAUUUCAGAUCAAAGGUGAAAUUGGUAAUCAACUUGAGAAGUCUACUAAUGAUGCUCCCUCGGUUUCAACAUUCCAAAGAAUUUCUUGUAGGCCCCAAAGUCAGAUUUCUAAUAACUAUGGGAAUAAUCCCCUGAAUUCUUCAUUACUCCCACAAAAACAGGAAGUACACAUGAGAGAAAAAUCUUUCCAAUGUAGUAAGAGUGGCAAAGCCUUUAAUUGUAGCUCACUCUUAAGGAAACACCAGAUAAUCCAUUUAGGAGACAAACAAUAUAAAUGUGAUGUAUGUGGCAAGCUCUUUAAUCACAAGCAAUACCUUGCAUGCCAUGAUAGAUGUCACACUGUUGAGAAACCUUACAAGUGUAAAGAGUGUGGCAAGACCUUCAGUCAGGAGUCAUCCCUUACAUGCCAUCGUAGACUUCAUACUGGAGUAAAACUUUACAAUUGUAAUGAGUGUGGCAAGAUCUUUGGUCAAAAUUCAGCCCUUCUAAUUGAUAAGGCAAUUGAUACUGGAGAAAAUCCUUACAAGUGUAAUGAAUGUGACAAAGCUUUUAAUCAGCAAUCAAACCUUGCACGUCAUCGUAGAAUUCAUACUGGAGAGAAACCUUACAAAUGUGAAGAAUGUGACAAAGUUUUCAGUCGGAAAUCAACCAUUGAGACACAUAAGAGAAUUCAUACUGGAGAGAAACCAUACAGAUGUAAGGUUUGUGACACAGCUUUCACGUGGCAUUCACAGCUGGCUAGACAUAGAAGAAUUCAUACUGGAAAGAAAACUUAUAAAUGUAAUGAGUGUGGCAAGACCUUCAGUCACAAGUCAUCCCUUGUAUGCCAUCAUAGACUUCAUGGUGGAGAGAAAUCUUACAAAUGUAAGGUUUGUGACAAGGCUUUUGUGUGGAGUUCACAACUGGCAAAACAUACUAGAAUUGACUGUGGAGAAAAACCUUACAAGUGUAAUGAAUGUGGGAAGACCUUUGGUCAAAAUUCAGAUCUUUUAAUUCAUAAGUCAAUUCAUACUGGGGAGCAACCUUACAAAUGUGAUGAAUGUGAAAAGGUUUUCAGUCGUAAAUCAAGCCUUGAGACACAUAAGAUAAGUCAUACUGGAGAGAAACCAUAUAAAUGUAAGGUUUGUGACAAGGCUUUUGCGUGUCAUUCCUAUCUGGCAAAACAUACUAGAAUUCAUAGUGGAGAGAAACCUUACAAGUGUAAUGAGUGCAGCAAGACCUUCAGUCACAGGUCAUACCUUGUAUGCCAUCAUAGAGUUCAUAGUGGUGAGAAACCUUACAAGUGUAAUGAGUGCAGCAAGACCUUCAGUCGCAGGUCAUCCCUUCAUUGCCAUCGUAGACUUCAUAGUGGUGAGAAACCUUACAAGUGUAAUGAGUGUGGCAAUACCUUCCGUCACUGCUCAUCCCUUAUAUACCAUCGUAGACUUCAUACUGGAGAGAAAUCUUACAAAUGUACAAUUUGUGACAAGGCUUUCGUGCGUAAUUCACUCCUGUCAAGACAUACCAGAAUUCACACUGCAGAGAAACCUUACAAGUGUAAUGAAUGUGGGAAGGCUUUUAAUCAACAAUCACACCUUUCACGUCAUCAUAGAAUUCAUACUGGAGAGAAACCUUAGAAAUGUGAAGCAUGUGACAAAGUUUCCAGUUGGAAAUCACACCUUAAAGACAUAGGAGAAUUUAUACUGGAGAGAAAGCUUACAAAUGUCAUGACUGUGCCAAGGUCUUCCGUCAAGCUUCAUCCUAUGCAAAACAUAGGAGAAUUUAUACAGGAGAGAAACCUCACAAGUGUGAUGAUUGUGGCAAAGCCUUUGCUUCACGUUCACACGUCAUUAGACAUCAGAGAAUCUAUACUGGACAGAAAUCUUACAAAUGUCAUCAGUGUGGCAAGUCUUCAGUCCAAGAUCACUCCAUGCAGAACAUCAGAAAAUUCAUUUUUGAGAUAACCAUUCCCAAUGAAAUGAGUAUAGCAAACCAUCAAGCAUUAAUUGACAUUGGAGUCAAUUCAGCAUUAACUUGAGUUUGUGUUGACUUAACAUUGAGUUCAAGCCUUUAUUGACAUUCAAGUGUUUAUGUUAAUAGGAUGGGGCCAGGUGCGGUGGCUCCCACCUGUAAUCCCAGCACGUUGGGAGGCCAAGGCACAUAGGUCACUUGAGGUCAGGAGUUUGAAACCAGCAUGGCCAACAGAUGUGAGCCACUUUUCUCAGCCUGUUUUUUGUUUCUUAUUUUCUAUUAUUUUUUUUGAGCCAGUACUUUUUUCAGUUAGUACUUUUUAAAAGGGAUAUAUCAUAGUAAUUUUUAAAAGGUAUAUGAGGCCAGGCACGGAGGCUCAUGCCUGUAAUCCCAGCACUUUGGGAGGCCGAGGCAGGCAGAUCACGGGGUCAGGAGAUCGAGACUUUCCUGGCUAACAGGGUGAAUCCCUGUCUCUACUAAAAAUACAAAAAAUUAGCUGGGCAUGGUGGCUGGCGCCUGUAGUCCCAGCUACUCCAGAUGCUGAGGCAGGAGAACGGCAUGAACCUGGGAGGCGGAGCUUGCAGGGAGUCGAGAUCACACCACUGGGCUCCAGCCUGGGCGACAGAGUGAGAGUCUAUCUCAAAAAAAAAAAAAAAAAAAAAAGGAUAUCAAAGCCUCGGUACGUGGUGGCUCAUCCCUGCAAUCAGAGUACUUUGGUAGACCCAUGUGAACCGGUCACCUAAGGUCACAAUUUCAAAAGCACCCUAACAUGGUGAAACCCCAUCUCUACUAAAAAUACAAAAGUUAGCCGGGGGUGUUGGUGUGCACCUUUAGUUCCAGCUACUUGGGAGGCUGAGGUAUGAGAAUUGCUUAAACCUGGGAGGUAGAGGUUGCAGCGAAUCAAAAUUGUGCCACUGUACUGCAGCCUGGGUGGCAGAGUGAGUCUCCAUCUCAAACAAACAAACAAAAAAUAACAAAAAAAAGACCUCAAAAAUGCUUUUCUUCUCGUAUAAUAGACUUAUUUUUUUUUUCUGGUUCCUCUUCAUUUCUCUCUUUAUUUUUUAUUUAUUUAUUUAUUUUGCAGUUUGAGUUUGAGAUAAAUCUUAGUUAUAAAAGUUUUAUUUCUUAAUACAUAAUGACUUCUGAAAGAUGCCUUUGCAGCAUCCUAUAAUCAGCUCACAUCAUUCGUUUCUGUACUUGUAUAUUUUCCAGUUAUUUUCCGGUUGACCCCAGAAUUCGUUAGAUUUUUUUAAAAAACAAUUUCAAAAUAGUUGCUGUUUUAAAUUUGUUGCAUCCGGUUCAUAUCAAUGUCUGCAUGCUUUCUAGUCUUUGUUAUUUAUUGAAAACCUUUGGUACCUAAACUUAAGUUGGAUUGUUUCAGUGUGUACUUGGUAAAGAUGUCAGUGGCCUUUUAACUAAACAUCAAAAUGUAGUUUAACCAGUUA